AUGGCGCUCCUUCUGGAAGGCGAGGCGGAUGAGACGCUGGCCGCGGCGCUGGCCUUCCUGGACGACCAGCAAAAGGUCGGCGGUCCAACCGAUGAGACUACAAACCCAGACGAUGUUGAAGUCAGCGACGACGCCGUGCUCCCGUUGCUGGACGACCCCGAGGCUGCCGAAGUGCUGGAUGCGCUGAGUGUGGAGCUGCCUGCAGUGGCCGACAAGGCCAUCAAGAACAUCAGCUGGACGGCCGCCGUCCCCACCCCGAAGCUCAUCUCGCAGCGCUUCAAGCGUCACCAGGUGGUCCCCUGCCCGCCUCAGCCUGCAGCCCCCAAAGCGUCCAGCGCCAAGCCUGCCAGCGCGAGCAAGAAGAAGCCCUACGUGCGCAAGAAACCGCUCAGCUACAACCCUAACAAGGCGCGCGAUGAACGCAAGCUGGAGCUGCUCUACCUGCGCCAGAAAGUGGCCGACAUGGAGCUGGAGCUGCAGAAGCUGCAGGAGAUCAAGGGCAGCAAAGUCGGCGCCUCCCCUUCAGUGGGCGAGAAGGCGGCAGCCCCGUCACCGAGCUCCGCCACUGCCUUAGCUCCAAGCCACUGCACCACCGACGGAGUGCCCCGCGUCUGGGAGAAGAUGUGCGCUCGCCAGCUCGAGCGCCGAGUGAAGGCUGAGCGAGAGAACGCUCGACUCAAGAUGGUGCUCGAAGGCCAGAUCAAGAUCGCCAAGAGUAUGGAGCAGAUCCUUAGGAAGCGCACGGUGCUGCGUGCCAUGGAGUCCUGCGGUAGCAACAAGCGCACCAAGCACACGAACCGCGUGCCUCGGGCAACUGAUCCUCGUGCCGACGCGAAGAUCUUCGAGGCACUGCUAGCCGGUGUCGAGGCGUCGUACCGUGAAGUUGACGCCGUGUUUGAGGCCAAUGGUCUCGGCCGCACUGAGGCUCCCGAGAGCGACGCCCAGAUGCGGGACGGUGUCAACGGCAUGUACCUCGAGAUCUUCGCCAACAAGAUGCUGCCAUUCGGCAUGCAUGCAACGGGUGAAGCUGUGUGGCAGCACUUCAAGGGGACGGAUAUCCCGUAUCGCUGGUAUCACUCCAAGUCCGCCGGAUCGAUCGAGUCGACAGAGGAUACGAUGGUGGAGUGCUUCGGCAUGGAGAUGUUCGAUGCCAAGAGCAACACUACCGCCGAGUUCAACGUCAAGCAGAUUCUGCGUCGCUACAUCGAGGAAGAUCGCGUCGUGGUGGUGUGGCGCUCGCACAUUGAGCCCCUCGAGUUCUCCAAUAAGCGCUUCGCCGGUAUUCAUUUCCAGGAGAAAGGCUACGUGGUCAUCAAGCCUCGCGCGCACGACGACGACAGUGCUGACGACGACGACUUCACCCUACUCCAAACGUGCUACAUCAUUACUCCGGAUCUGUCCGACCAAACGCUGAAUGAAGACGCCAAGACGGGUGCGCUGACUGAGUUUGUGCUGAGCUCGACUGCUGCAAACAUUUCUGCCAGUCACGACAUGAUUGAAAACGUGCUGCUGGACCAAGCACUGCAGCAGCGGAAGCAUUGA